AUUGCACCUUCGAUAAAGAGUCGGAGCUCACCCCGCUUGAAUCAGCGAUCGGCGUCCUGGAGCUCAUUCAGAGAGAAUUCUCUGUGGCUGAGAAGACGAUGGAAACUGUUCAGAAAAUGGUGAAGGAAGCUGCUGUUAUUGUCUGCAUCAAAAACAGAGAGUUCGAGAAAGCUUCAAAAAUUGUCAAGAGACAUAUGGGGAAGGAGCCCAGAAGCCAGAAAAAGAGGAACGAGUUGCUGGCUGUCAUCCGGGAGAAGAAUUUCAGUCAUCCAGUAGUCAAAAACUUCUCUUACAAGGACUUCCAGCAGAACAUGUUUCAGUUCCUGAAGACCUAUGUGGACGACUCAGAGCCACUGCUGCUAACGAUAAUCAAAAAGACUUUGAAUUCGGAACAUGCCCAAGAACCAAAGUACUCAUCAGGGACUCCUGAGUCUGCAAAUGGGCCCAAGGACCAGGCAGCGGCUCGGGAGCCCUCGGGAAGGGCACAGGGCCGAGCAGGAGCUCCAGAGCCUGCAGAAACGGCAAAAGACCCGGAGGGUACUCCCAACCCUGCAGAAGGGGCAGAUGACCCAGCAGCAGCUCCAGAGCCUACGGAAGGAGCUACUGACCCAGCAGCAACUCCCGAGCCUAUGGAAGAAGCUACUGACCCAGCAGCAACUCCUGAGCACAUCACAGCAGCAGAUAACAUCUUGGAAGAUGCUUCAGAGCCUAUGGAAAUAUCGAAAGAACCAGCAGCAGCAGCUCCCGAACUUGCAGGAGUGUCCUGCAGGGACUCGGAAAGGCAGCCCUCUGGAACCGUAACCGCGUAUGGGAUUUCUGUUCUGAGAGAAGCUUUCAAGAUCCUGUCGGACUCCCAGGAUUCUGACGCACUCUUCGCCAAACUGGACGAAACAGACUUUUCUUUCCCCAAGCAACUGUCUCCUUCUGUAUCCCACAGAACCAAGAGACGGAAAGAAGAGGAGAAUCAGGAUUCUGAGAUCUCAGACCCUCCUAAAAUACCCCAUAAGGGCAAACGCUUGUUGACCAUAAGCAAACUGGUCAUGGAGCAAGACACCCAGUACAGCGAGUCGAGUGAGAGCCCAGACUCUUCCCAGGAGCCAGUUGUAUCUUCUGCUUCCAGACCUGUUCAGAAAUUGCAUGACCAGCCUGUAUCUACUAAGACCAGUAGCCAAAGAAGGUGGAACAGCUUGUAUGGCGAAGAAGAAAAAGACAGUUGGAGUGAGGAGGACGAGCUCUUCUCAGAUGCGGCAUCAUUUGGGACAAACAGCCACAAUGCUACAGUCUUCGGUUCCAAGAAACAGAAAUGGACGAUACAGGAGAGCGAGUGGAUCAAAGAUGGCGUGAAGAAGUUUGGCGAAGGGAGAUGGAAGGCCAUUUGCCAGAAAUACCCCUUCCAGAACCGCACGGCAGUGAUGAUCAAGGACCGCUGGCGGACCAUGAAAAAGCUGGGAAUCCUCUAG